AUGGAAAGCUCGAGACUUUUGAAACUGUCGGAGACAACUGUGGGCGGAUCCGGCGUGGCGCUUCACUACGCAAAUCUGAUAGUCAUAAUGGAAAAGAUGAUAAAGCAACCCCAGUUGGUGGGUCUCAACGCGAGAGACGAUCUCUGCUCGAUGUUGCCGGCGACCGUGAGAUUGUCACUCAGUUCGAGAUUAAAAGGAGUUGGGUUCAGGGUGAAUGCAUUGCAUUAUGCAGCUCCUAACGCCGAGACCAAAGAUAAUGUCACGCCAUUGUUAUCAGCAGUGGCGGCUGGUUCUAUGGCAUGCUUAGAGCUGUUGGUCAAGACAGGUGCCAAAGCUAAUGUUUUUGCUGGUGGUGCAACUCAGUUGCUAAUGUUAGAGAUUUGUGUUAAGCAACUCACUUGCCAUCCCGAAGCAACCGAGUGGGUUACUGAAGGUUUAGUUUGUUAUCUUCGUUAUAGAAGUGAUUCACGUAAGCACAGCAAUAUUGUCUAUGCAAACCGUCGCUUCUAUUGCCUAGACGAUAAAGGACGCUUAUAUUACUUUGAACCGUCUUCUCGAGAAUGGUCUUUUAGUUACACGUAUUCACCGCCGUGUCCUUAUAUCUCUGCUAGAUAUGAGCGAAAGAAGAAAAGAGUUUUCUUGGCGGUGCGUAAAGGAGUGUUCUUUACAAUAUAUACAUGCGGAGGUGAGAAACCUAUGGUGUAUAAACUGGAUGAAUCUUCGGACUGGGAGGAGAUCAAUAGUACUACGCUUGAUGGCUUGACAAUCUUCACGAGUCUUUAUUCUUAUGAGAUGAGAGUUAAUCUCCCAUGGAUGAGGCAUAGUGUUUACUUCCCGAAGGUUCGUUUAAGCAACAAGUGUUGUGUAUCGUAUUCGUUUGAUGAAGAGAGGUACUUCCCGCGUAAGCAGUGGCAGGAACAGGAGGACUUAUGUCCUGUUGAGAAUCUUUGGAUUAGGCCACCUAAGAAAGCUAUAGAGUACAUGUGAAGCUAGCGCAAUGGUGAGUGUCAAAUCAUCUCAUUUAUCUUAAGACGUUUCUCUCUUCUUUUUUAUUGCUUUGGACCAGCUGAGAUACUUGCUUUAUUUAUUAUGCUUAUCUACUUUUUUUAAUCUAAUUGUAUUUCUUUCUAGUCUUUCGAUGUCCAUGGAAAUAACAAAGAUUUGAUUUUUUUAUUCUCUGAGUGAUAAACUUGUCGGUAAUGGUGAAAAUAUCCGUUUCUGU